AGUGCCUGACCGUUGCCUUUCGGUUGUGGGAAAGUGAACGAAGCUAGAGUCAAAACCGCGUAUCCUGAGGCAGAGGGAAGGCAGGCAACGACAUAGGGCCCGGCUUGGGAGUCCGGCGGAGCAGCAACUGCAGAAGCAGGCAGCAGCAGAGAGGGAAUGGUGCUGGGAGGCGCCGAGAAAGAGGCUCAGUCCUUCCCUCUCAGGGUUAGUGAAUGAAACUCUCCGCCCGGGUCGGCCCGGGGACUCUGCGCCGCGGGUCCCAGCAUGAGUGCGGGCCCCGGCUGUGAGCCCUGCACCAAGCGACCCCGCUGGGGCGCCGCUGCAACUUCGCCGCCUGCCGCCUCGGACGCCCGCGGCUUCCCCGGCAGGCAGAGGCGCGUCCUCGACCCCAAGGACGCUCCUGUGCAGUUCAGGGUCCCACCGUCCUCGCCAGGCUGCGUCCCUGGGAGGGCGGGACCGCACAGAGGCAGCGCCACCUCGCUUGUUUUCAAACAAAAGACUAUUACCAGUUGGAUGGACACUAAAGGAAUCAAGACAACCAAAUUAGAAAGUUUGCAUAGUACAGAAAACAACAACGCAAGAGUAGAAUCGAUGAUGAGUUCUGUACAAAAAGAUAACUUUUACCAACAUAACAUGGAAAAAUUGGAAAAUGUUUCCCAGCUAAGUCUUGCUAAAUCGCCUGUUGAAAAAAACACACAGUACUUGAACCAGCAUCAGACAGCAACUAUGUGCAAAUGGCAAAGCGAAGAGAAACAGACAGAGCGGCUUUUGGAAAGUGAGCCUCCCACAGUAACCCUGGUGCCCAAGCAGUUCAGUAAUGCUAAUAUCGAUCAGUCCCCCCAAAAUGAUGAUCACAGUGACACAGAUAGUGACGAAAACCAAGAUAAUCAACAGUUUUUGACACCUGUAAAACUUGCAAAUGUAAAGCAGACUACAGAGGAUGAACAGGCUAGAGAAGCCAGAAGCAACCACACAUUCAGUGAGUCUUGUCACCCAGGGGAAGACUGUGGAAGUUGUCAGCAAGAGGAGAUAGACUUGGUGCCAGAGAGUCCAUUGUCAGAUGUUGGCUCUGAGGACAUCGGGAUUGGACUGAAAAAUGCCAACAAAUUGAGCAGACACGAAAGUAGCCUAGGAAAUUCUCCUCCAUUUGAGAAGGAAAGUGAACCCGAAUCACCCAUGGAUGUAGAUAAUUCCAAAAACAGCUGUCAGGACUCAGAAGCAGAUGAAGAGACAAGCCCAGGUUUUGAUGACCAUAAAGAUGGCAAUUUCUCCCAAAUAGCAAAUAAAAAACCUUCAAGGUUUCAUGCAAGAGAUGCCGACACUGAAUUUAGGAAACGGUACUCUACUAAGGGAAGUGAAAUUAGGUUACAUUUCCAAUUUGAAGGAGAGAGUCGCACUGGAAUAAAUGAUUUAAAUGCUAAACUACCUGGAAGUUCUACUCUGAAUGUAGAAUGCAGAAAUUCUAAGCAACAUGGAAAAAAGGAUUCAAAAAUCACAGAUCAUUUCAUGAGAAUGCCCAAAGCUGAGGACAAAAGAAAAGAACGUUGUGAAACAAGACAUCAGAGAACAGAAAGGAAGAUCCCUAAGUACAUUCCACCUCACCUCUCUCCAGAUAAGAAAUGGCUUGGCACUCCCAUUGAGGAGAUGCGAAGAAUGCCUCAGUGUGGGGUCCGCCUGCCUCUCUUGAGACCAUCUACCAAUCACACAGUAACUGUCCGGAUAGAUCUUUUACAAGCAGGGGAAGUUCCUAAACCUUUUCCAACACAUUAUAAAGAUCUGUGGGACAACAAGCAUGUUAAAAUGCCUUGUUCAGAACAAAACUUGUACCCUGUGGAAGAUGAGAAUGGUGAGCGAACUGCAGGGAGCCGGUGGGAGCUCAUUCAGACUGCACUUCUCAACAAAUUCACACGACCCCAAAACCUGAAGGAUGCUAUACUUAAAUACAAUGUGGCAUAUUCUAAGAAAUGGGACUUUACAGCUUUGGUCGAUUUCUGGGAUAAGGUACUUGAAGAAGCAGAAGCUCAACAUUUAUAUCAGUCCAUUUUGCCUGAUAUGGUAAAAAUUGCACUCUGUCUGCCAAAUAUUUGCACCCAGCCAAUACCACUCUUGAAGCAGAAGAUGAAUCAUUCCAUCACAAUGUCACAGGAACAGAUUGCCAGUCUUUUAGCUAAUGCUUUUUUCUGCACAUUUCCACGGCGAAAUGCUAAGAUGAAAUCAGAAUAUUCUAGUUACCCAGACAUUAACUUCAAUCGGUUAUUUGAAGGACGUUCCUCAAGGAAACCAGAGAAGCUUAAAACACUCUUCUGCUACUUUAGAAGAGUCACAGAGAAAAAACCUACUGGGUUGGUGACAUUUACAAGACAAAGUCUUGAAGAUUUUCCAGAAUGGGAAAGGUGUGAAAAGCCCCUGACUCGGCUGCAUGUCACCUAUGAGGGAACCAUAGAAGGAAAUGGCCAAGGCAUGCUCCAGGUGGAUUUUGCAAAUCGUUUUGUUGGAGGUGGUGUUACCAGUGCAGGACUUGUGCAGGAGGAAAUCCGCUUUUUAAUCAAUCCUGAGUUGAUUGUGUCACGACUCUUCACUGAGGUGCUGGAUCACAAUGAAUGUCUUAUCAUCACAGGUUCUGAACAGUACAGCGAAUACACAGGCUAUGCCGAAACCUACCGCUGGGCCCGGAGCCAUGAAGACGGGAGUGAAAGGGAUGACUGGCAGAGGCGCUGCACCGAGGUGGUCGCCAUCGAUGCCCUGCAUUUCAGACGCUACCUUGAUCAGUUUCUGCCCGAGAAGAUCAGACGCGAGCUCAACAAGGCUUACUGUGGAUUUCUUCGACCUGGAGUUUCUUCCGAGAAUCUUUCUGCAGUGGCCACGGGAAACUGGGGCUGUGGUGCCUUUGGGGGUGAUUCUAGAUUAAAAGCCUUAAUACAGAUCCUGGCAGCUGCUGCAGCUGAGCGAGAUGUGGUUUAUUUCACCUUUGGGGACUCGGAAUUGAUGAGAGACAUUUACAGUAUGCACACUUUCCUUACUGAACGGAAACUGACUGUCGGAGAUGUGUAUAAGCUGUUGCUACGAUAUUAUAGUGAAGAAUGCAGAAACUGCUCCACUCCUGGACCAGAUAUCAAGUUGUAUCCAUUCAUAUACCAUGCUCUGGAUGCCUGUGCAGAGACCACCGAGCAGCCUGGGAAACGGACAGGGACCUAAGGGCCAUGGGAGUGGAGCCUCCUCCUGCCUCUCUUCAGACACAGCGCGUGUGAAUGGUCAGGUGUAAUGCAGGAACUGACUUAACUUAAUAUGAAUGUGUAUAUAAUCCACAUUUGUAAUCAAGGAUGCAAGCCCUUCUGCACACGGGAUUUUCAGUUUGUGCAUCUAGGCCCCCUCCAUGCUGACUUACAUGGACAUAGAUAACGUUUUGUUCCCAUUUCUUCUAUUUCAGUCUUUAUAUUUUAAAUUAUUUUUCUUUCACCCAUCAUAUUUCUUAUGAAAUCGCAUGGAAGAUUGUACUCAGUCCCAUUGGGUCUCUUCUUUGAUGCCUAUAUAUUAUACAAAUUGCCUCUACAGUUAGCUCAUGACGAUGAUUCCAGGGAAUAGGUUGAAAUCCAAGAAUGUCAUUAACUGGGUUUGCUAAAGAUCUCUCUGUGAACUUUCCGCUCCAACUUCUGUCAUGACUGAUUUGCUUGAGGUUUUGGAUUUUGAAGAUAAGGGGUUUUUUUUUAAUACUUGUUGCAUAAUACAAAUCUCCUAAGCUAAAGUAGUUUCUUAUUUAAAAAAGAAUAAUUUCCAGAAAUAGUUCUUUUAAGACAUUACCUUUACCUGUAAUGGUUUGUUGAUCCUUUUGUCUCCUGAUCAGUUUUUCCGAUGCUAUUUUUGGAAACUGACCGAGUUGGAAGGAAAUGUAGAAUAAGGAGGUGUAGAGAAAACAGAUUCAAGAGAGUUGAAGGAUUUUUUUGGUUUUCAGGAUUUUUUUUUUUCUUUAAUUAGGAUUAGUGUUUGUUCCAUGGUGCUUGAGGCAUGUUCAUAUAACCAAAGUUUGGGAACUGGGAACUUCAUGCUGAUUUGUACAUAAAGUUUCUCUCUUAUUCAAAGGUUAUACAGUUAAUAAAUUUCUAUUAACAAAUUGUUCAUCAGAAACUCCCAUAUCAUCUGUAUUUUAUAUAUAUAUAUUCUUUAAGUGUGUCUACAUGCGAUUACAUAAAAUCUAAAUAAAACAUUUGAUGGAAGAUGAUUAGGUUUAGGCUUUAUCAGGGGCUCUGUUUAAAAUCCUUUAUUCACAACUGUGUCCGUUUAAAACUGUCAGCAAAUGCAAAUGAUGUCUUUUGUAGGUUAAAGGAAAAGACAAUACCAAUUCUGUUACUUAAGACUAGAAUUUAAUCACAGAAGCACUUGUUCAAAUUUCCGAAAUAAUCCUAAACCACAUUGUUGAAAUUCUGAUUUAUAGUAAACUGUCAGGAAAAGCUAAUGAAGGUCAAAUCCUAUUAAUAAGGAAAUACAUAACAGUCUAAACCCUUAUAAUUAUUGGCAGGGGAAAAAAUGGGGCUAUGGCUAGUGUCUGUAACUCUUUUUGUUUAUUAGAGAUUGAGAGGGUAAUGGAAUUUAGCAUCUGAAAGACAGUCACUUGUCUUUACCAUAGUAACUAAGAUUUUUAAUCAGCUUUCUGAGACCAAGGAAUCUGGCUUUAUUUCUGGUGGUGCUAAAAUCUUCUUUCUUCUUCCUAACUCUUUUUACGCUUUGUUUAGUAUUCAUGGUUAUAUUUCAUUUCUUUAUUUUUCCUAUCCCCAUACUCUUCCCCUCUACCCAGCCCCAAGGCUAAAUGAACAGUAUAGGAUGGUUCGUGUGGUAGAGAAAUCAAAUCCAGGUCAGAAGACCACCCACCCUAAUGUUUCAGACCAGAAGCUACGACUCAGCUUCUGUGCAGAAUAGAGGUCGUGACCGGGCAAUGUACCUAACUCCCUCUCUUCCUGUUGAGGGGUUUUGAAGAAUAAAACCCAACUAGUUCUUUGUCCCAGUACAUUCUGGGAGUGGGGCAGCUCAGUCAACUGGGACAAGAAAGGAAUUAAUGUCCAUUCUUUGCAGAGAGAGGAAGGUGAAGAGAACAUGAUUAGUUUCUCCUUAAAUGACCUCUGCAAAAAAGAAAAAUAAAAGAAUUGGACAUCUAAAUAACAUUUGUGUCUGCUCUGAGAUAUUAAGCAGUGUCUUUUUAUUCUUUUCCAUUUGGACUUUACGAUUUCAUUUGAGGUUGCUUACCCUUCCCUUCUUUCCUCUACCGGGACACAAAGGGACAUUUUUAGUUCAAAAUUCUUAGAUUUUUAAUAUGGCUUACUUGCUUUUCACUUUCUAGGUCACUCAAAUGUGCAGUAACAGUUCAAGGAAGCAAUGUGGAGUAAUGGAAAGAGUAUGGGAUUUUAAAUCCCAUAGGUUCAAAUGCUAGUCAUGCCUCUAGCUAAUAUUUUGACCUUGUCUAAAUAAACUGAAUUGCUGAGCCUUAGUUAAGUCAUCUAGGAAAUGGGCUAAUCACACCUACCAUGAAACAAGAUAUAUAAAGCACUGAACACAGGGGUUUGGCACAUAGUUAGUGCUCAGUAAAUGUCAGCCAUUAUUCCAGUUGAUCAGGAAAUACUGUGUUUGGUACUAUCUAGUUGCUUUACAUAUUUUAGCCCUUUUUCAGAUGGGCUACCAGAUGCUCAGAGGAGGGGUUCAUUAUGAAACUGUAGGGGAUCUGAUGACCCAAAGGCCCCAAUACUCUUGUUCUCUCCCAAGUUCCUGACACAGCUUAUUCGUCAUCAUGAAUGAAUCGUUCUCAGCAAGGCACACUGAGGGGUCUCUGAGAGAGUUAUCCAUGGAAACUGGCUGGAGUGACCGUUAUGGCAGGCAUACCCAAAUGGAUCUUUAAAAGAGAGAUUGAAAAGGGGUUCUAAUCAAGCUCUGUGAUCGGCAUGCUAGGUACUUCCCACCAAUAUAUAUUGCUUUAGAACCCAAAUUUUGAUUAGAAUAUCCCAAGCCAAAAAGAUAUUCAGGCAAGGAAUUAGUUAGGUUGUAUUCUUGAAAACGUCCUCAAUGGGAAGAGAGACAGCUGCAUAAUUCACACCUGAUUUUCCCUCCUUCUCCAUCCUGGGUGGGGCAGGUUCAUGGCUUUUUUUCUGAUGCCAGGAAGAUCUGAAUCUGUACUUCCCUCUCUCGAGCCUGAGUUACUGCCCCAGCCUGUGGCUGAAGGGAAGAGGAAGACUGGUUGGCCAUCACUGGAAUUGAGCUUAGAACAUUAUUCCUGUCUCUCUUUUUGAUGGUGGUAGCGGGUGGUGGGGGUUCACAGUGUAAUACUUACUGGGACAGACUGCUGAAACCCACUGACCGAGUGCCGUCCUCUGUCCCAGUGGCCCGGUGCCCUCAGUCCCUCCUCACCGGAUCACAGAUGGAUCCACCAAGCCUUCAGAAGAAAAGGUUUCCCAAGCCAGGCAACUAAAACUGUGUGUUCAUCUGAUAACUGGUGUUAUUUUUCCUGACUCUUUAUUUUAAAUGUAGGGUUAAUAGGUUAUGAUGAUUUUGAAUUUGGGUGUAAGGAAAGGUCUGUGCUUGAUAUUCACAUGGUUUUUUGUAGGAAGAGAAUAAA